AUGAUGGUUCCAUCACUAUCAACAUCAAUCUCUUCGCCCGCAUUAUUUAAAAAUAGAGAAGGUGGAGAGGAAGGAAAUGAUGGUGGUCUUGAACAAUUACAAAACCAAGUUAAUGAUCUAGGUGAUUUAAAUUUCAAUGAAGAGGGUGAUUACAAUAAUGAUCAGCAACCUACAAAUGAAGAGGAGGGUACAGCUGAUAAUGAAUUAGAAAGUUUAAUGUCAUUAGUUAAUGAUAAUAAUAAUAAUAACAACAACACCAGUGGCAUUGAUGAUGAUAAUAAUAAUGAUAUUGAUGAUAAUAAUAAUAAUAAUAAUAAUAAUAAUAAUAAUAAUAAUAAUAAUAAUAAUAAUAAAGAAGGAUUAAAUGAUUUAUUUAUAUCAUCAAUAAAUGUAUCAACAUUAUUGAAUGAUUUAGAUCAAUUAUCAGAUACACAUUCACAUGCAAGUGUUAGUAAUCAAAGUAGUAAUGGUAGUGUAAGAAGAGGAUAUGAUAUUAAAACACAAAGAUCAGUUGGCACAAAGGGACAAGGCGGAAGUAGUGGUAGUUCACCAAGAUCAAACUCACUCAGAGUCUAUAGAACUUUUCCAUAUAGAGGUGAUCAUCAUUUCUCUUGGUUAAAUAAUAUUAGAGAUGUAGAUAGUAGUGAAGAUCCAAAUUCUUGUCAUAAUAGUAAUAAUAAUAAUAAAAAUAAUAAAAACAAUCAACCAUCUUCGACACAUGAUCAAACAAACAUCAAUAAUAAUAAUAAUAACAAUUGUAACGAUAACGAAAAACCCAUUAAACCAAAUUCAACUAAUGGAAUUAGACAUAGCAGAAAAUAUAAAGGUUUACAACAAUUAGAUUUUUUAGGUUCAAAUAUAAUACUACCACAGCAACAACAACCACAACCAAUUGAAGAUAAUCAACAAGUUGUACCACAACCAUUUCAAGUAGAUGCCGAGUCUAACUACAACAACAACAACAACAACAACAACAACAACAACAACAACAACAACAACAACAACAACAACAACAACAACAACAAUAAUAAUAAUAAUAAUGAUAAUGAAAAUAAUCAACACCCAAUAAACCCUGUAAAUACUCAAAACACCCAACAAAAUGUAACACAUAGUAAUAAUAAUAAUAACAAUAAUAAUAAUAAUACAGCACCACCAAAUCAAUGGUCAGAAUUAAUUGAAAGUUUAGGAUAUGGUUCACAAUCUGAUGAACAAAAAACGUUUGGAUCGACAUUGGAUGAUUUAAAUAAUGCAAAUAGUUGUUCAGAUUUAAAGGAUUUAAUAGUUGAUGGUAUUUCAAUAAAUAAUGAAACUAGUCCUUCCCAAAGUCAAGAAAUAACAGAUUUUAGUAAAAUUGAUAAUUUAAAUAAAAAUAUCAAUAUCAAUAAUAAUAAUAAUACAGAUUCACAACAACCAUUACCCUCAAUAGAUGUAAAUUUUAGCCAUAAUAAUAACAAUAAUAAUAAUGAUAAUGAUAAUAAUAAUAAUAAUAAUAAUAAUAAUAAUAAUAAUAAUAAUAAUAAUAAUAAUAAUAACAUACAAGAUAUUCAAAUACCAUAUCACCAAAAUGAUCAAGAUUAUAAUAUACAAGAAGGUAACGAUAUUAAUAAUGAUAAUUAUGAAAUUAGGGUUAGUAAUAACGAUGAUGAUAAUGAUAGUAGUAAUAAUAAUAAUAAUAAUAAUAGUAAAUUUCAAGAAAACUUAAAUUUGUUGAAUACGGGUAUGGGUGGUAGAAUUUGUAAAACAGAUCAAAAGAAACAACUUUCUAGAACGAUUACAUUUGCUGAUCCAUCUUCAAUUCUCAGUUUUUUUGGUUCUAUUCCAACUGAUGAAGAUCAAAAUAAUAAUAAUAAUAAAAAUAAAAAUACUACUACAACAACCACAACCACUAAUACAACAACAACAACAACAACAACAACAUCAGCAUCAGCAGCAGCACAAAAUAAAUUAGAUUUAUUAUCAUCAUUAAGUGCAGGACAAUCUAGUGGUGGUGUUGGUGGUGGUAACAAUGUAUUAAAUUCAUCAUCAACACCAGCAAUAAAGGUUAAUCAUCAACAUAAAGUAACAGAACAAAAUAGAACAUCAUCAAAGAUUAGUUUAUCAACUAUAUUUCCAAAACUACCACCAUUUACUAAUCAACAAUCACCACCAACUUUAUCACCAUCGAAAUAUUAUUAUCCAUUGUUACAACCUGAACCAACCACAUUGAUUAGAGGGUUCUCUUCUGCUGCUGAUAUAAAUAAAAGAGGUCUAAAGAGAGCAAAGAAACCAAUGGAAAUGGAGGAUGUAUAUCUAACUCAAUAUCCAUUAGGUGAUGAUCAAGAUUCUCAAAUUGCUUUAUUCGCUAUUUUCGAUGGUCAUUCUGGUAAAGGUUGUGCUGUUGCUGCAAAAGAAAUAUUUCCAAAUAUUUUAUUAAAAUAUAUUAAAUCAACAAAGAAUGAAAAUGGUGGUAAACCAAUUUAUGAUAUGAGAGGAGUAUUUUUAAAUGCAUUUAAAGAAGUUGAUGCACAAUUAAGUAAAUUUGAAUAUGAAGGAGCAACAGCUACUGUUUGUUUAGUUUGGAGAGCAGGUCAUCAAAGAUUUGUACAAUCGGCGAAUGUUGGUGAUUCAACUGCAUUCCUAAGUUAUGGAAAUGAAACAUUGUUCCUAAGUAAAGAUCAUCGUGCAACUGAUCCAGAGGAAAUUCAAAGAAUUAAAAAUGAUGGUAUUACAUUAACUGAAGGACAAACUAGAAUCAAUGGUUUAAUGGUUAGUAGAGCAUUGGGUGAUCAUUUCAUUAAACAUCUAAAUUGUGGUCUUUCUGGUGAACCUUAUGUUUCACCACCAAUUUCAAUCACACCAUUUCAUUCUCAUUUAAUCGUUGCUUCUGAUGGUCUUUGGGAUGUUAUUUCUGGAAAUCGUGCUAUGGAAAUCGUUAAAGUUCAACAAACUGAAGAGAAAAUGUCAAAUUCUUUACUUCAAUGUGCAAUUGGUUCAAUUAAAGCUAAAGAUAAUAUUUCAAUUAUCGUUGUAACACUUCAGUAA